ACACGGGUUCCUACUUUAUAGGCAGAGAGCUUUGCCAAUCAUUUUCCACGGUCAGAUGGUUUUGUCAACUAUUUGGCACUGCCCCCAGCUCAUUGGACAUGUUGGGCCGGUCGCCAUUUAGCCCCAAAAACGAUUUGAAAAAGAUUGUUAGCCACUUGGUGCAGCUUUCGUGGACAGUCGCAAUAUAUUUUUGUCACUUAUACUGUGCUUAUCAAACAAUAACAGAAACAAUGCGACUGCAUCUGCCAUUUUUUACGCAACUUUUGUACAAUUGUGAACUAAUUAUCACAACUAUUAGUAUGACGAUGAUUUUUAUCGGUUGUAGAUACCACUCAGCACAGUAUCACAUUGUUACAGAUAAGAUAGUUGAAGUACUUGUCGGGUUUGAAUUAUUUGGUGAAAAUGAUAUGCUGCAGAAAGUUCAACAACGUCUCAAAGCAGUCAUUGUGUUUGCAACGGUCCUGUUUACGAUUUCAGUCGGAUGCGAUUUUCAUACAAGACCAACAUUUUGGAAAACUCUCAUUUCCGUAGGAUCAUAUAUUCUUCCUCAUUGGAUCACAGUUAUGGCCAUGAUUCAAUACACUUACGUUGUUAGUGUAAUCCAUCAGAUUACAAAACAUUCUAAUCGCGUCUUGAAACGACAAGUCGAGAUCCAACACACCGUGAGCGAGAAAAAUGUUUUUGAUACUAUCGAAUUUCUCCAGCAAAAAAUUCUUCUCAUUAACCACCUUAUGUAUGACGUAAACAAAGUAUUUGGAUGGUUGUUUUUAAACACAAUUCUUUCGGUUAUUAUUGUAUCGAGCGUGCAGUUCCUAGAGGGCUAUCAGUUCAGUUAUCGUAAGACCGUAUCAAUAAAAGAUAUAACAUAUUUUAUCUACACUAUUUUUUGGAUUGUCCUACAACUAGGGCACCUGAUGCUAUUUCUCUAUCCAAAUCAUCUGGUGAAAUAUGAGAUGAAGAAAAUUGCACUUAAUCUAUGCGAACUUGAUAGGCCGGAAUUAUUUGAAAUUGUAGAGAAGUUUUCACGCCAAUUUCUGCUGCAUGAUGGACAAUACCUGGCCUGCGGUAUUGUCGAAUUAGAUUUAAAACUACUGACCUCUAUUUUCGGAGCCCUGACAACGUAUUUGGUGCUGUUGAUACAAUACGAUACCGGAGAUUAUCGAUCGCAGUUUGGUUGAAGUAGUUUGAAAUUCAAAUUAUUCCAGGCACUACAAGAAUAAAAUCACAUUAGACUUCAGAUAAAAAGUUAGGAGGACUUGACAAUAUUAU